AUCAUGCUCAAGUGCUGGCAAGAGAACUCGGAGGCGAGACCAACAUUCAGUGAGCUGUGUGCAGAGCUGGACUGCAUGCUCUCCGAGAACAGGGAAUACCUCGCCAUAGUUCCUGACACCACGAAGGUCUCAGAAGUCAAGAACGGAACCGUCAACCAGUGGGUAGCGGAUUCGCUGGCACACAUUCAACGCGAAGCUGGUCUGUACCCGCCUGAAACCGAAGGGAUGGUGCCUUAUGAAGAGCUCGCCCUCACCUCUGAAGGCAACUCUGACUACAGCAGUGAUCCGGACGGUCUACUGACGCCCUCUUGCGGCAGUGAAGAUAACUACGAGCUGCCGGCUUGCUCGACCACUGUGUGAUCUAAGUUUGUCAAAGAGCCAUUGAUUGAUUAAUUGCAUGAUUUACCUACAUUGAUAGGUAUUAGGUUAUAAACCUCACUGGUGUGAGACAUUUCCUUUGCCAUAGGUAUGAAUUAACUUGAUCAUGAUAUUGUUAAAAUCGUACGUUAGUUAAACAUUUUAGUCAUAACCCUCGAUAUUUCCCCGCCAAUUUGGCACGUUUUCAAAACUCGAAACAUGACUUCAUUUUUUUUUACAAAAAUUCUCUGACGAUGCCUUAAAACAGCUCUUACUACGGUAGUCAGCGACAUAAGGGAGCCGGUGGAAACUACAAAGGAUGGCAUCCAGGCUACUUUAUGGAUCCUCUUUUAGCCUCC